CGCAUCUCGCAUCGCGCAUCGCGCAUCUCUUUCCUGUACAACCAAAACGACCAAAUCACCAUGAACGACCUUGUAGAGUUUCUGCGAACACACGAGGAGGCAUUCCGUAGUCGCAACCGCCUUCAGUCUCUCUAUUCGGACUUCCGCCUACAAAAGACAUCAAACCCGGAUGGAUACCAAGCAAACUCUCAAGCAUGGCUACGUGGCCUGACGGCUGCCGCACGCGCUGGACGAUUACCACCCACAACCACGACAUCUGAACGCCCGAGUCACGUCGCCUUUGGCAGCGGUGAAGAUCUGUCUCGUGCCUUGAACUCGACACAAUGGGGUCGGCCGCUGGCUCUAGGUGCUGUCAUACAGGAUGCUCUUGACAAGCGCGACUUUGUUCCGCUGGACGAUUUUCUGAACUCGACCAAGAGUGUCUAUGCAAAGACCUGGAUACCCUCACCAUGGCAGCUUGUGAGCUGGGGCCUUAAACAGGUCGGAGUCGCAUCACUGUUCGGUACAUCAGACAAGCUGUCAGUCGGCAACUUUGUCGUCAUGGCCAAUGUCGAGGAAGCGGCCAAUGCAAUCAUAGCCAAAGCCUCUCAACUCGAUCAAUCGCUCACCUCCCGCAUCUUCUCCCGCGACCUCUUCGAAUCAGAAUUCGCCCUCGUCCUCGAUCCAACAGCAAAUACCACAGACCACCCUGAAUCCGCCCUCAGCAGCACCGACUUUACAAUCCUCCUCCGCUACCUGUCCCGCGAUAAACCAUACCUCUCCUUCACCUCUACAACAAUCAAGCUCAAACAUCCAUCCGAAACCACUCCUCAACCAAUAACCCAACACGACACGGAUAUCGCAAAUCUACGCACCUUGAUCUCGGCAUUGGAAACACAAGUCAACGCCUUGACCAUUCGAAUCACCACCCUCGACAUCACAGCCAGAGAAGCAGUCGCCGCAAAACGCACCAUCCAAGCCAAAUCCGCCCUCCGCAGUAAAAAGCUCGCCGAAACAACCUUACACACUAGAUCCGCCACCCUGUCCCAGCUGGAAGAAACAUACACGGCAAUCCAAUCAGCAGCCGAUCAAGUGGCAAUCGUAUCCGCCAUGUCCGCAUCAACAGCGGUGUUGAAAUCACUUCACGCAGAAGUAGGCGGCACGGAAGGAGUAGAAGAAGUCGUCGAUCGUCUGCGCGAGGAAAUGGAAAAUGUGGAUGAAGUUGGCCGUGUCAUCAAUGAAGCCAACACUGGAGGACAAGUGGAUGAAGAAGAUGUGGACGAAGAAUUUGCGGCUAUGGAGAAAGUUGAGAGGGAGAAGAGGGAGCAAGAAGAGGUGGAGAAGACGAAGCAGAAAUUGGCGGAAUUGGAAAAGGUGGAGGGGGUGAGGGAGGACAAGGACAAGAACGAGGAAGGAGAGAUGAACAAGCAGUUCGAAAGCACAGAACAGAGAGAGGUGCAGAUGGAAGGGGUGUAG